ACAAGCAGCUGGCCAAACAGGUUGAUUAGAUUCGAAAGCAAGUAACCCAACUGAAAGCUUCUCAAGAAAAUUUGAACAAAUUCUUCUACAUUCUAGAAAUUAAGAUUGUUGCUACAUCUUCUGUUUUCUGCUAUCUGUGUUUUGAGAUUGUUAAAUUGUUGUUUCUGGUUCUUCCUUCUCUCUGUUUCAACCAGCGAUAUUUGCCACUUGCUGGUUGUUUCUUCUUGUGCUUACACUCAAUUUUGAUGUUGUUAAUUGGUUCGAUUCGUGAAAAAGUUAAAAUGCUCCCAGGGGUACCGCUGGCAAUGCCAUCCACCACAAUCAUAAAAUGCCAUUGCCAUUGCCAUUUACCACCCAUCUCAAUCUCAUCUCAGUAGAUGGAGGCGCUGCACAUUCUGGUUACUACACAUAACCCCCCUGGAGACUCCUCUUCGUAUCUUCAAUUAUUUCAGACCUGUAUUCUCAAGAACGCACUUUCACACGGCAAAAAUGUCCAUUCUUUCAUUGCUCAGAGGCGAUUUGCAUUUGCUACAUGCACAAGUUUUCAGAAUAAGCUUAUUAACAUGUAUGUCCAGUGUGGAAGCUUGCUGGAUUCUCGUAAAUUGUUUGACCAUCUGAAAGAACGAGACGUUAUCUCAUGGAAUACGAUUAUUGCAGGAUAUCGAAGGCAUGGGUAUCCUCAAGUGGCAGUCACACUGUUUCACCAAAUGCAACGAACAUUUCUCCAACCCGAUCAGUUCACAUUUGCCAGCGUAAUCCCAGCCUGUGCCAAAAUGGGAACAUUGGAACAGGGUAUGGACAUCUAUCAAAGCAUAAAGGAUAGAGGAAUCUCGUUAAAUGUUGUAGUUGCAACUGCCUUGGUAGACAUGCUUGCAAAAUGUGGAAGCAUAGACAAGGCACGCGAACUAUUUGACAGAAUUCCUCAAAGGGAUGUCAUUUCAUGGAAUGCAAUGAUUGCAGGAUAUGCCUACAAUGGGCUUGUUAAAAAGGCUUUAGAAACUUUCAAGCAAAUGCAAUUGGCAGGUGUAAAACCAGAUACCGCAACCUUUGCCAGCAUCCUUCCUGCCUGUGCUACGAUAGGAGCUUUGGAAGAGGGUAUAGACAUCCAUCAAAGCAUAACGGAAGGGGGAUUUCUGUCAGAUGUUGUAGUUGCAACUGCGCUGGUAGACAUGUAUGCAAAAUGUGGAAGCAUAGACAGGGCACGUGAACUGUUUGACAGGAUGCCUCAAAGAGAUGUAAUCUCAUGGAAUGCAAUGAUUGCAGGAUACACACAAAAUGGUGUUCUAGACAAGGCUUUAAGGCUUUUCAACGAAAUACCUCGAAAAAAUGUAUCAUCCUGGAAUGUGAUGAUUGCAGGGUGUGCACAAAAUGGAUUUGUCGAAAACGCUUUAGAAACAUUCAAGCUAAUGCCACUGGCAGGUGUAAAGCCAGACUCCACCACUUUUGCCAGCAUCCUUCCAGCCUGUGCCAAAAUGGGAGCUUUAGAACAGGGUAUGGACAUCCAUCGAAGCAUAACGGAAGGGGGAUUUUUGUCAGAUGUUGUAGUUGCAAGUUCCCUGGUAGACAUGUAUGCAAAAUGUGGAAGUAUAGACAAGGCACGUGAACUGUUUGACAAAAUGCCUCAAAGAAAUGUGGUUUCCUGGAAUGCCAUGAUUGCAGGAUAUGCACAAAAUGGAUCUCUUGAAAAGGCUUUAGAAACUUUCAAGCAAAUGUAUUUGGCAGAUGUAAAGCCGCACUCCACAACCUUUGCCAGCAUCCUCCCAGCGUGUGCCAAAAUGGGAGCUUUGGAACAGGGGAUGAACAUCCAUAGAAGCAUAACAGAAGGGGAUUUUUUGUCAGAUGUUGUAGUUGCAAGUGCCCUGGUAGACAUGUAUGCAAAAUGUGGAGGCAUAGACAAGGCACACAAAAUAUUCAACACAAUGCCUCAAAGAAAUGUGGUAUCAUGGAAUGCCAUGACUGCAGGAUAUGUUCAAAAUGGGUUUGUUGAAAAGGCCUUAGAAACUUUUAAGCAAAUGCAGCUAGCAGGUGUAAAACUAAACUCCUCAACCUUUGUCAGCAUCCUCCCUGCCUGUGCUAAAAUUGGAGCUGUGGAAGAGGGUAUGGGCAUCCAUCAAAGCAUAAUUGAAACCGGAUUUUUGUCAGAUAUUGUAGUUGCAAGUGCGCUGGUAGACAUGUACGCAAAAUGUGGAAGCGUUGACAAGGCACGUCAACUAUUUGACAGGAUGCCUCAACGAGAUGUGGUCUCAUGGACUGCAAUGAUUGUAGGAUACGCACAAAAUGGAUUUCCUGAAAAGGCUUUAGAAACCUUCAAGCAAAUGCAAUUGGCAGGUAUAAAUCCAGACUCCACAACCUUUGCCAGCGUCCUUCCAGCCUGUGGCAAAAUGGGAGCUUUGGAACAGGGUAUGGACAUCCAUCAAAGAAUAACAGAAGGGGGAUUUUUGUCAGAUGUUGUAAUUGUAAGUGCCCUGGUAGACAUGUAUUCAAAAUGUGGAAGUAUAGAUAAGGCACGUGAACUGUUUGACAAAAUGCCUCAAAGAAAUGUGGUCUCAUGGAAUGCCAUGAUUGCAGGAUAUGCACAAAAUGGAUUGUGCAAGGAUGCUCUCAAAUUCUUUGAAUUAAUGAAGCACUCUAGAACAUAUCCUGACAUUGUAAGCUUUGCUUAUGUUCUAUUUGCAUGUAGCCAUGCAGGCUUAGUGGAUGAGGGUUGUACAUACUUCAAUCACAUGAGUAGCCAUUAUUGCAUUACACCUACUGUCGAUCAUUAUGUGUGCAUGGUUGACCUUCUUGCUCGUGCUGGCUAUCUUGAGGGCGCCCUAAAAUUUAUCAUUAAGAUGCCUGUUAAGCCUGUGGUCGGUGUGUGGAUGUGUUUUCUUGGUGCGUGUAGAUCACAUAAGAAUAUAGGUUUAGGAGUAUUUACAGCAACACUGCUUUUUGAUUUGGAUCCUAAAAAUUCUGCGACUUAUGUUCUUCUCUCAAACAUAUAUGCACAAGUGGGGAGGUGGAGUGAAGUUCAAAUAGUAAGGAGAUUGAUGAAAGACACAAGAAUUAAAAAGACCCCCGGAUGUAGUUGGAUUGAAGCCCAUAAAACUGUACAUACUUUUUGUGUUGGAGAUAGAUCACACCCACAGACACAGGAGAUUUAUGCAAAGUUGGAGAAAUUGACUUGGGAUAUGAAGGCAGCAGGAUAUUUUCCAGAUUCAGAACAUUCACUUAAUGAUGUUGAAGAGGAGGAAAAAGAAUUAUUUCUCUGCCACCAUAGUGAAAAGUUGGCAAUUGCAUUUGGUUUAUUAAACACACCUUCUGGAACAACUAUUAGAGUUUUUAAGAACCUUCGAGUAUGUGCUGAUUGCCACACUGCAACAAAAUUUAUCUCCAAGAUUGCUGGAAGAGAAAUUGUUGUGAGAGAUGCAAACCGUUUCCAUCGUUUUGAUCAGGGACAAUGUUCUUGUGGAGAUUACUGGUGAUGCUAAAGUAGACCUGCACCAUAACAAUGUGCAUCGUGUCUGACUUGCACUAAUAAUGAAGGGACAAGAUUUUAUUUUCA